AUUCUUUAAAAACGAAGUUUCCGACUUACUCGAGAUGGCUUGCUUCGAUAGUCAAAAAAGGAGCUCGGAAGAGGACAGUUACGAGGGACCUGUUGGCGGCAGGCUGUCCGGGUGUGCCUUGGCGAUGCAGGAAAAGGAACGAGACUCCGUACACAGCCCGUCGGAGAGCCCUGGCACCUUAAUGAACAGCGGCACCAGUCUCCAGUCGGCCGCCCUUUUGCAAGGCUAUGAUGUGGAGUUUGACCCACCGCUGGAGAGUAAAUACGAGUGUCCCAUCUGCCUCAUGGCUCUCAGGAACGCCAUUCAGACACCCUGUGGCCACCGUUUCUGCAAGAGCUGCAUUGAGAAGUCCAUUCGGGAUACAGGACAGAAGUGCCCGGUGGACAAUGAGAUGCUGUUAGAAGACCAGCUCUUCCCUGAUAACUUUGCCAAAAGGGAGAUUCUUUCCCUCACUGUCCGUUGUCCAAACGCUGGAUGUUCUGACAAAAUGGAGCUCCGACGUUUAGAGAAUCAUUUGGCACAGUGUCCAUUUGCGACCGUACCCUGCCCACAGUGCCAACAGUCUGUGAAAAAAACUUGCUUAGAAGAACACAAAACCAUCGAGUGCCGAAGGAGACCCAUGAGCUGUCCAGACUGUGUUGCAAGCUUCGUAUACGAGGAGAAAGAGCUUCACGAGCAGCAGUGUCCCUUUGCUAACGUUAAGUGCCAGUACUGUGAGCUGGAUCUCAUUCGAGACCAGUUGGACUCUCAUUGUGAUACAGAUUGCCCUAAAGCCCCGAUUGCCUGCACCUUUAGCCCCUUUGGAUGUGAGGAAAGGAUGCAGCGCCACAACCUGGCUCAGCACAUGCAAGAUUUCACCCAGAGGCACAUGCGCUACAUGGCGGAGUUCUUGCGCAGCCAUAGCCUCAACGGCACGGCGCCAAAAUCACUUUGGAGUCACGGAUCUCCGGUUUCUUGUGGGGAUCGAGGGGCCGCCGCGGUGUCCCCAUCGUCCUGUCGAGGAGCUGCGAGCUGCAGCAGCAGUGCACCAUGUCAGCAUAGCGAAGAGAUGCUGAGGAUCCGGGAAAUGGACGGACGUUUAGUGAAACAGGAUCACCAGCUCCGUGAGCUCAUCAUCUUGAAUGAUACUCGGGCGGGGCAGCUUGCAGAGCUCCAGCGAAAGGUGUCUACGCUGGAGGAGACCGUGAAGGAGCUGGGGGCCCAGCAAUGUAACGGCAUCUUCAUCUGGCGCCUCAGCGCCUUUUCCACCCACCUGCGCAACCAAGAAGCGGGCCUACCUGUGAUCGAGCACAGCCCGGGCUUCUACACGGGCCGGCCGGGCUACAAACUGUGCCUGCGCCUCCACAUACAAACCCCCAAUGCCCCGCGAUGUUCCAACUACAUCUCCCUCUUUGUCCACACCAUGCAAGGAGCCUUCGACGAACAACUCACCUGGCCCUUCCAGGGCACCAUCCGCCUCGCCAUCCUGGACCAGGGCCCCGACGCGCAGCACCACAUGGAGGUGAUGGAGUCCAAGCCGGACCUUCAAGCCUUCCAGAGGCCGACCAUUCCGCGCAACCCCAAAGGGUUCGGCUACGUGACUUUCUUGCACCUGCAGCAGCUGAAUCAGCGAGCCUUCAUCAAGGACGACACCCUUCUCAUCCGCUGCGAGGUCACCACACGUUUUGACACGUACCACCGCGAGGGACUUCAGGUGCAGCCCAGAGGACCUGAAGGGACCUGAAGCAUCCCGGGAAUAAACGUGAAUGUCAGUCAUGCCAUUGGAAAAGGUAUUCAAAGAGAAAACAAGACAUUUAAGAAUUUAAAGCAGUGGUUCUCAAACUUUUUUCACCAAGUACCACUUCAAAACAAUCCAUUUACCACCAUACUGACCAACAGUAAAACACAGUAGUAGGGCUGCAACAACUAAUCGAUUAAAUCGAUUAAAAUCAAUUAUAAAUAUAGUUGGCGAUUAAUUUAGUCAUCGAUUCGUUGGAUCUAUGCUAUGCGCAUGUGCAGAGGCUACUUUAUUUUUUAUAAACCUUUAUUUAUAAACUGCAACAUUUACAAACAGCUGAGAAACAAUAAUCAAAAUAAGUAUGGUGCCAGUAUGCUGUUUUUUUCCAAUAAAAUACUGGAAAGGAUAGAAAUGUAGUUUGUCUCUUUUAUCAGAUUAUUAAUCGAUUAAUCGAAGUAAUAAUCGACAGAUUAAUCGAUUAUCAAAUUAGUUGUUAGUUGCAGCCCUACACAGUAGCACAAUAGGCGUAAGUAUUCAAUAAAAACAAGGCAAACGUUUUAUUUAACAAGUAUAUUUAAUAUUUUGGACACUGCAAUAUUACACACAGUUUGAACGGUAACACUGUGUUUGAAUAUUUAAUUAAGUGCUUUGAUUUAGGCUCAAGCGCCCCCCGCAAACCCGAAGGGAAUAAGCGGUAGAAAAUGGAUGGAAGGAUGGAUGGAUUUUUUUUUUUUUUGGCAAACCACGACCACAGUUUGAGAAUCACUGAUAUGGAAGUUCAUUAGUGUCUUUAUUGCGAAAGCUUUUUUGGACACUGAGUUGUUCAUAUUACGCUGACAAAAAAAAAGUAAAAAUGCAGUUUGUCAAAAUACAGUGUUUUAAAAUUCAGUGUAUAAAAAUAAAAAAUCAGCGCAGAAGUAUUGGUUACUUCAAAAGUCCGGUAAUUCAGGACUGAAGAAAUAGAUCGAGCCAAUGAGGUGUCAAGUUUGAAGUCACGUGACGUCUUGAAGCAACAAAUAUUUCUGCGCUGAAUUCUUUUACACUGAAUUUUAAAACACUGUAUUUUAACACAUUUUACUAAAAAAAAUUAUUCAAUGAAAUAUUCAGCAUAAUUUGAUGUAAAAAAAUAAAAUAAAAAUAAAAUAAUCAGUGUGUCCAAGGAAGCUUUUGUAAUAAACACACAAAUUAACCUCCAUAAAUAAAGAAUCAUUAGUUUAAAUGCAAAAUGCAACGUCAUAUUUACCUUUUAUUGAAGACUGUUGUUGGCAAAGAUGGCGACGAGCGGAGAGGGAGGAAGAAGAACGCCACCUUUGUGCUUUUGCACGGAACAGUGUUUCUCACCUUCUUUGUUAAAGUGCUACCUCUCGCAA